AUGAGGGUUUUCGCACUGGUUUAUCUCGUGGCAAUCCUAGGAUUUCACAAGGUCCAGUGCGAUGAGUUGUCUAUGGACCGUGAAGAUGGUCAAAGCUCACCUUUGGAAGGAACUUCUCAAGGGAAUGAUUAUGGACCUUUAGUACCACAACCUGAGAAUCAAGACGUUGGACAAGAAGAGAAUGAAGAGUCUGAGAGAUGUCCAGAUAGUGAAAACGAAAGAGCCUCCUCCAAACAAGAUGGUCUUGUUCUAGACCUUGCUAAACCAGACGAAAAUAUAGUCAGAGGGCAAUUAGACGAAACGAAUGGAAUAACACAUACUACGUAUACUCCAAAGAGUUGUUAUAUUACUUCUGUUGUUGACGGUCAGACCCCUAUAUGGACCGCUUCUGGAGAUGAAAGGUGCCUAUUAGCAAAAGUUCUAUCAAAGGGGGGUUAUUCAGCACUUGUACUCUUUCUUGAAAAGUCUGAUAAGUACUUUGAAAAGAAUGGUGAAAAGUGGAAGAGUAUAGAAAAGACCGAGUUUGAUCAGAAACUAAAGGAUAUGGAAGAAAUGAAUAAGUCUGAAAGAGAAUCUGCUACUUCAGUUGUAACAUCGCCUGAACCAACUGAACCCAAGGAGGAAGCAUUUCCUGCCAAACCCGUAGAAUCUCCAGCUCUUCAGUCAGAGGCACAGUCUUUUAACCUUCCCCAAUUACCAUUACAACAUCUUACUCCGGAACCUACACACCCAGAAAGUUCCUUGGUUUCCAAAGUCGAUUCCACUCUCUUUAAUGUAGAAGAAGCUGAGGAAGAGAAUGUUAAGGUUCUCAAACUUACUCCUAAAAAUGAUAAGGUGACUGAGCUAAAGUAUGAUAAGAAGCAGAUAUGGUCUGGUAGUGCGUUCAUUGGCACAUCAUCAAACUUAGUGGAGGCUCUGAUAUAUUUUAAUGAGGGAAUCCCAGAAUUAGCUACUAUCCAGACCAUUAAAGGAAGUAAUACAUCCACGGUUUAUAGAUAUCAUGAUGGUAGUAAAUGGCAGAAUGGUAAUGAGAAGGACCAUGAGAAUAGGCUAGAGGGAUUGAAGGAGGACUGUAAACCUAUUGGUAAGCCUGAAGAAAAUCCACCUGUUCCUUCUAAUCCUUUGGAACAAAACACCCUGAACAUUUCUAGUCUAGACUCAUAUAGGUGCCAAUCCUUUGAGUACAUAUAUGAUGAUAAUCAUAUUAAACUGAUUGUCCCUAAUAAGGACAUUUCUAUAUCUAAGCUUUUAAAUGGCACUGAGGAGAUCUACACUCUUCCCACUGGUGAGAUAUUAGACCAUACUAAAGUCUACCUUAACCAGUAUAAUGACCCCGGACUCAUCCUUGUUGCAAGCACCGUUUCUUCAAAUACACAGUACAACUACUUUGUGAAGAAUGGAACCAAAUGGGAGCGUGCAGUAGAGUAUGUCGAAAAGAUGAAGGCUAUAAAGAUUGUUUCAUCCAGCAAAACUGACACUCCUAUUGAUUUAGCCAAAACAGAAGACACAGAUAAAUGCAGAGUAGUAAAUGUUGAACUUCUGAAUGUACCAACACGUUUUCAUUUGCCAAACCCAGAGUGUCAUUCCAACAAUGUAAGGAGCGGUAAUAAGAACAUAUGGACUGCCACUGGUGAUGAGAGAUGUAAAUCUUGUGCUAUAUACUCCAAGAAUGGUGUUUCUCUGCUCUCACUUUUUAUAAGAGAUGGGAACGAGUUGCAUCACAAAUACUUUGAGAAGAGCGGUAAGGAAUGGAAAGAUCUCACUCAUGAGGUUUUCUUCAAGAAGUACAAGAAUAUGCAAGUUACAACAAAUAACUCAUCCGAUGAUAAUUCCGAUCAGCCUACAAUUUCUACUCCAACGGAACCUGAGGAGGUUAAUAAAGAGAUUGUAGUUGAGACUCCUGCUGAAUCCUCGCCUUCACCGGAAGAUAAUGAGGAAGAAGCUCAAGAACUUGAUAUCUCUACUAAUCAAAACACAGCACCAACUGAAGAGCCUCUUUUGGUCGAACUGGAUCAUAAUGAACAAACCGCUACAAAACGUGAAGAUACUGAACAGACUACUGUUUCUGCAAAUGAGCCUCAAAACCAGCAAACUACAGAGGUGAAUGAACUUCAGGAAUCUGAACCUUCACAGCCUACCGAAUCUCCCCAAGAAGUAACAUCUCAACAUAGUGAAGAAUCAGGGGAAAUACUAUCUAAACCUUUUGAUCCAAACACUCUAGACCUUUCCAGUCCUGAUGAAUCUAAGGUAGACGUAAAAAAUAAUGAUGAUGGAAUAAACUCCAAGAGAUAUUUUCCAAAGAAGGACGUCAAGGUUACUUCUGUUGUUGAUGGUGAACUGCCCAUAUGGACUGCCUCCGAAAAGGACCAUUUUCUAUCAGCAGAAGUAUCAUCAAAGGGAGAGUCCUCACUAGUUAUGGUUUAUUUUGCCUCUGGCUGGGAUCUGAAUAGGAACUACUUUGAAAAGAAUAAUGGUGGAUGGACAUCUAUUGAUGAGAACACUCAUAAGAGUAAGCUAAAUGAUCUCAAGAAUGGUGUUACUAGUCAAUCUGCCAAAGAUGCUCCUAAAGAAGAGCCAACUGAACCUAAGAAAGUAUCUACAGAAACUCCUCAGGACGUUAGUACUCCAGUUUCUCAGUCAACUGAACAGGUCGUUACUAAUCCACUGUCCCUUGGUUCCUCAUCACGCCGAGGAUCUACAACUAAUACAACAUCAACCCAGGGUUUGGACUCGGAUACCAAAGCUUACCUAGAUAGGUAUAAUGACAAACUGUACGGCUCUUUUGAGUAUCACCAUGAUGGACUCCAUACUAAGCUUAUUGUUCCACAUGACGGUGUGGUUGUAACUCAAUUGUUAGAAUCCGAGUCUAUGAUAUGGACAGGUCAACCUGGAGAAACCUUUGGCUAUGCCAAGGCAUAUCUCAACAAGGAUGGUGCGCCCGAACUUGUACUUGUUGCAAAAAGGGAUAAUUCUGGCACAAAGUAUACAUAUUACUCGAGGAGUAAAGUUUUGGUAUGGUCAGAAUGUGACAACUUUGGUGACAAGAUGGAUAAUCUAAGGGCUCCAGUUAAAGCCACAGAAACAUUCGUGCUAGAUGUCAGUGUUUCUCAAAGUGUUCCAGAAUGCAGCAUCAUUAAAACGAGACUGUUUGGGGUACAAACAAAGCUCCACUUCACUAACCCUGGACACCUUGCUAAAGAGGUAGUCAAUGGUAAAGAAACUAUAUGGAAGGGAUCCAGAGAUGAUAAAUGUUCAGCAUGUUACCUCUAUCUAAAGGACAAUGAACCAUUACUCGUCUUCUUGGUCAUAGAGAGUAAUGGUGGAAAGGUGUCAAAAUACCUGGAAAGGAAUGAAGAGUGGAAGGGUAUAGAAAAGACACCGUUUAACGAGAAACUAGAUGAACUUAGAGCAGUAGAUCCUGAGGUACCUCAGGAUAACACUGAGGAUCAAUCUGAAAGCCCUAAGACCCACUCUGAAGAGGAAUUAGAGACUGGAGAGUCUACUUCUCAAAGCGAAGAACUGCCAGAGUCAGCUGAGAGUCCUACUGAAGUCAAGACUGUCGAGCAGAAGGAAGAAGAUACUUCUGUAGUAGAACCUCAACCAGAUACCGAUACCAAUGGUGAAUCGACACCCAUUGAGGACUAUGAUACUCAGAGAGAAGCUAUGAAAAGUAUCUCAAAUGAGAGAUCUUUGGGUCAGGAAUCUCAUAGUCUUGGUACUCCUGAUCUCAGAGGAAGCAGAACAUCAAUCAGUUCUGGGAUACAAAACCGUAGAGAUUCUACAGCGAGCACAAUCUCUACAACUAGUACAGCCUCAACUCUUUCCUUGAACCAGACUGGUAGAUCAACAACGUUGAAGUUAACAAGACCUGACGACUCAAUUUAUCAAUCCUUCGAAUACUACCAUGAUGACAACCGCAUUAAACUGGUCCUUCCGCAGGAGGAUGUGACAGUGACGAAAAUAUCAGAGAAUAGGAGUGUAUGGACAGGUAAACCUGGAGAAACCCUUGAAUACGCUAAAGUGUACCUUGAUAAGGAUGGUAAACUUCAAUUUGUUCGGGUUUGGAAAAGGGACUCCUCAGGUGUAAAGUGUGUAAAUUACACAAGGGGUAUGGUAUACGGAUGGUCAAAAUACACUGGAAAUAUAAACGACAAAAUAAAUCCGCUUAAGAUUGCUACAGAAUACAAGGGAGACUCCAUCAUGGACUUGCAGAAUGAAGAAGACACAGAUGACUGCAGAAUCUUUAGUGUAAAUUUCCUUGGGGUUCCUACUCGCUCAUAUUCUCCCAAACCAGGCUAUUACGCUACUGAGGUCAAGGAUGGUGAGGUGUCCAUCUGGAAAGCCUCUGAAGGUACAGAUGAGAGAUGCUUAUCCUGUGAGGUCUACACCAAAUAUGAACAGAGAAUCCUUUCUUUGACCAAGAAGAGAGAUGGUAAAAGAGAUGAUGCUUCCUUUGAAUUUUCUGACGGAGAAUGGAAGAGCAUGACUGAAGAGGAGUUUAAUAGGAAGUUUAAAGCUAUGGUAGAUGGACCGUCUCAAGAGCCUGAAAUCUCUGAAAAUGAGUCACUACCAUCAGGUAAAGUGGAGGAUGCUGAUUUGACGGUUACAUCAAACGAUCCUGUGAAUGUUGGAAAGGUAGAGGACAAUGAAUCCGAAGCUCCUGAACCAUCUCCUAUACUCGAUACUGAACAAUCAGCGGCUUCUACAGAUCUAGGAUCAUUAGACUCUGAACCAAGUGAUCAAGGAGCCCAGAGUGGAGAAACCAACCAACAAGAAUCUUAUGAUACGCAAACAAGUUCCCGACCUGUAAACAACCCUGAAGAUCAAGACCCUAUGACCAAUAAUUCUGAAGGUAAUGAUACAAUCGAUACAGAUUCUUCUAUAACUCCUGAUGAUACUGCGAAUGAGACCUCGGAAGGGGAAGUUGAAUUGGAGAAGAAAGAGGAUGGAGAAUCUCGAGAACAAAUUUCCACCGCUGAAGAUCUAUUUCAGAACUCCGAGUCAAACAUGCCUUCAGACAAUGCAGCUUUAGAUGAAACGAAUUCCGAAUCUUCCAUAUCCUCGGAUUCAAACCCUGCUGACUCUACCAAACUGGAUGAGAAUAAAGAUUCAUCUGAGAGUGAUGGAUCAUCUAAUGAAGUUUUCACAGGUUUUAGUGAUACAGUGAAUAAAAUGAUGAAGGAAGCUACUAAAGAAACUCCAGAUGUUACAUCAAGAAUAGUAGAGGAUAAUAAUACCACAGGAGUAUCAAAUUCAACACUAUCUAUCCAGGAAGAUAAAGAGCAAAGUAGUACCUCGGAUACUCAAUCAAACGAACAUUCUGUCAGUGAACCUCAGAAUGGCUCAACUGUAGAAAGUAUGAAUUCAUUUGAAUCUUCAGAACCUGAUGAUGAACUAAAGGGUGAAGAAGAAUUGCCAGAGGCUUCAGAAUCAUUUCCCGUAACAAUGAGCAAUAUUAAAAACCUUCCAUAUAUUGGCUCUAAACUUUCUUCAGUUUACAAUUUUGGUAAAAAGAUGAUUUCACAUGGUACCAAAAACGAAUUUAAUAGCAGUACCAAAUCAUCAAAACCGAAUAAAACACAAAAUAUAUUCUCUAGGUUAUCCAGAGGAACCUGUAACCCUGGUAAGAAUUAA